UGCCACCUGUUUGGUGGGGCUGAGCGGGGGACUGAAAGAGAGGAGACACAACUCCGAGAGGAUCUGGGAAGCAGUGCAGUGCAGAGCCGAGAGCAGAGCUGCCGCUGAGAAAAGGCCCUCACCAUGGCCAAGUACCCCAACUGCUGCUCCGUCUGGGCCCGCAGCGUCCACUGCCUGUAUAGCUGCCACUGGAGGAAGUGCCCCAAAGACAGGAUGAAAACCAGCCAGUGUGAAUAUAUGUGGUUUGGCCUGCUCUUCUUCACUGUCCUCCUCUCCUUGGCCUGGCUGUACAUCGGGCUCAUCCUUCUCAAUGACCUGCACAACUUCAAUGAAUUCCUGUUCCGCCACUGGGGACACUGGAUGGACUGGUCCCUGGCAUUUAUGCUUUUUGUCUCUCUACUGGUCACAUAUGCAUCCCUGCUAUUGCUCCUGGCUGUGCUCCUGUGGUUCUGUGGCCAGCCUCUACACCUGCACAGUGUCCACAAGGUGCUGCUGCUCCUCAUUGUGCUUCUUGUGCUCGCUGGCCUUGUGGUACUGGACGUCCAAUGGCAGGAGGAGUGGCUUAGCUUACGUCUGUCACUGUGGGCCACAGCCCCGUUCCUUCACAUUGGAGCUGUUGCUUUCAUCACCAUCCUGGCCUGGCCUGUGGCUGAUAACUUCUACCAUAUCCGCAAAAGAGGUCACAAGAUUGUGAUACUGUUCAUGUAUUUUACAAUUGUACUGGCCAUCUACCUGGCCCCCCUAUGCAUCUCCUCAACCUGUAUCAUGGAACCCGGAGACUUAUCCCCCAAGCCUGGGCUGGUUGGACACCGAGGAGCCCCCAUGCUGGCCCCCGAGAAUACCCUGAUGUCCCUGCGGAAGACAGCAGAAUGUGGAGCCGAUGUGUUUGAGACUGAUGUGAUGGUCAGCUCCGAUGGGAUCCCUUUCCUCAUGCAUGAUGAGCACCUAAGCAGAACCACAGAUGUGGCCUCUGUGUUCCCAACCCGAAUCACCGCCCACAGCAGCGACUUCUCCUGGGCUGAACUGAAGAGACUCAAUGCCGGAGCCUGGUUCCUAGAGAGGCCACCCUUCUGGGAGGCCACACAGCUAUCGGGCCUUGAUCGGAAAGAGGCUGAGAAUCAGACAGUACCAACAUUGGAAGAGUUAUUGAAGGAAGCUGCAGUCCUCAACCUUUCCAUUAUGUUUGAUUUACGCCGCCCACCACGAAACCACACAUACUAUGACACUUAUGUGAACCUGACAUUGGAGACUGUGCUGAAUUCAAGGGUCCCUCAAGCCACGGUCCUUUGGCUCCCGGAUGAAGAUCGGGCUAAUGUCCAACAACGGGCACCCAGAAUGCGCCAGAUAUAUGGACAGCUGGGAGUCAACAGAACUGAGAGGCCCCUGUUUCUCAACCUCCCCUAUCAUGACCUACCACAGUUGGAUAUGAAGGCACUGCAUGAGGAUAAUGUCUCAGUGAACCUAUUUGUCGUGAACAAGCCCUGGCUCUUUUCCAUACUCUGGUGUGCAGGGGUGAAUUCGGUCACUACCAAUGACUGCCAGCUGCUGCAGCAGAUGCGUUACCCCGUCUGGCUUAUUCCCCCUAAAACCUACCUAAUGAUAUGGCUCCUCAUUGAUUGUGUCUCCAGCCUGCUGAUUUUGUGGCUGUUCCUCCUCCGUGGGAGAUGUGCUGAGAAGAGAGAGAUAAGAGGCUUAGAAACAGCUGUGCUGCUGACCAGGAUCAACAAUCUCAUAAUGGAGUGAAUGCCCUGCUCUAGGCCCCCACCAGCCAGAGUCUGAGGCCUGUCUACAUCUGUCAAGAGCAAGGAAGGGAGCAUGGCUACAGUGGAAUGUUGGUGGGGUGAGGGUGGAGUGAACUUUGAACUAUGAGAGAAAUGGUGGAUAUGCCCCAAGCUUCUAUGGAAUCUUCUUCCCUUUGGGUUUUGACCUGAGGUGGUGGUGGAAGACAGUAAAUCAUGAGAAAUUUCUCCCAAAAUAAAACGUUCUAGAACAGGGGAGAUUGCCA